AUGAAUGAGAACGAUAGAAAUAUAGAAAGUGAUUCAUUUGGGAACACGAUUAAUUUGUCAAAGAUAAAGAGCAAUAAUAAAACCCAAUUAAUAUAUAUAAAUGAUUUACCAAAUGAAAUAUUAAUACAAAUAUUAUCACAAUUAGAUCCACUAAUAUUAAAUGAAUUAAGAUUAGUUUGUAAAAAAUGGAAUUUUAUAAUAAAUGAUAAAGAAACAUGGACAAAAUCAUUUCAAAUUAGAUUUGGAAUAAAUCCAAAUUCAUCAUCUUUCCCCAAUGUAACAAAUAGUAAUAAUUGGAUGAAUGAAUAUUUUACAAGAUUGAAUAUUUUAAGAAAUUGGAAAAAGGGACAUUCUAUCCAUCAAUCUUAUAAAAUUUUGAAUAAUGAAUAUAAUUUUAAUGAUUUUACAAUGUGUGAUUUUAAAAUGAAUAAACUUAUAAUAUUUGAUAAAAGACUGGGUAAUAUAUCAUCAGGUAAUUUAGAUAGUGGUAAAAAUCAAAAUUUUAUACCUGGUGAUUUUAAUUUAAAUACUUUAAGUUUUGCAAUGAAUUGGAAUUAUUUGAUUUUAGGUAAAAUUAAUGGUGAUAUUAUAUUAAAGAAUUUAAUUACAAGUACUUCAUUAAGUCAACGAGUGAGUUCAACGAAAUUUAUUAUUAUAGAAGAAGAAAGAAGCCCGAUAAUGGAUAUAAUUAUUAAUCAAUAUGUUGAUAAGAAUAAGAUCUCAAUAGAUAUAAUAAGUGGCUCAUAUAAUGGAUUAUUACAAUGUUGGUCAUUAAAUGGUCAAUGUAAAAAUAAAGUUGAAUUAGACGAACCAAUAUAUAACAUUAAAUCGGAUUUUAAUAAAUUUAUAAUCGUCAACACAGCCUAUCAUUUAUAUGUAUUGGAUUUUGAUACAUUAAAUAUAUUAAAUAAAGUAGAUUUGGGUAUAACCAUAAAUGAUGGUGAACAUAUACAUCUUGAACAAUUGAUAAAUCAAAAAAAUACUUUAGAUGUGGAUUAUGGUGGUAAAAAUAUCAUAUUAUCAUAUAAAUCAACAAUAAAAGUAUUUAGUUUUCAUGGUAUUGGUAUUAGAAAAUUAGAUUUAGAAGAUGGAGUUAUUAUAAUUGAAUCUAAAUUUCAAACUUGUAAUUCAAAUAAAUUAAUAAAUAUGAAUGAUAAUGUAAUAGGAAAAGAUGGAUUAUUUUAUGGUAACUUAUUAUCAGAUAAUAGUAUAAUAAUUUGGAAUAUAAGAGAUGAAUCAACAAAUUCAAUAAUACCACAAUAUAGAUUAUAUCCAGAAUUAAAUUAUAAAAAAGUUUCUAAUACUGUUAAUAAUAUUAUAAAUAAUAAUGAAUUAAUGAAAAUAACAACAUUUGAAUUUAAUAGUUCAAUAUUAGCAAUAUCAGGUUAUAAUGGAUUAACAAAUAUUUAUGAUAUUUUUACAGGUAAAUUUUUAAGAGAAGCAUCAAUAAAAUUUCCAAAAAAAUUUGAUAAUAAUGAUAUAUUAAGAAAAACAUCAAGUAUAAAAUUAAAUCCAAAUAAUUUAAAUUCAAAUGGUUUAAUAAUAUGUGGAGAUUGUAUACAAUAUUUUCAAUUUGGUAAAUUAUUAACUAGUAAUGACCAACCAAAUUCAAUAAAAAAAAAUUCAAAACAAUUAAAUUUAGGUACAUAUAAUAAUAAUAAACAUGAAUUAAAAAAUAAAAUAAAUGAUGAAAUAAAUGAAUAUAAUGAAAAAUUAAAUCAACAACAACAAACUAACAGAUUAUUUAAUAAAUAUAAUGGUACACAAUAUGAUGAUGAAGAAGAAGAAAUGAGAAUUGCAUUAGCAAUGAGUGAAAAUUUAGAAAAUUUUAACAAUACAAAUAAUAAAUUAAAUGAAUUUGAUGAAGAUUUAAAAUUAGCAUUAGAAUUAUCAUUAAUUGAUAACAAUAAUAAUAGAAUUAAUCAAUAA